AAAAGCGGAUGUUCUCGUAGUGAAAAGCGCAUAAACGUGAUCAUUUCUAAACCAGCAGCCGCCAAGAAUGAUUUUUCAUUCUGCUGGAAAAUAUUCAAAAUUCAAUCGUUGAAACUAAAUGUGACCAAAAGUGAGUGAGUAAUCAAGCUAUUCUUCGAUUGAAUUUAUCAAUAGCAAAAAAAGUGUGAUAAACCUAGCGUAAUCUGGUGAAAUUUCGUUCAGAAUUAACCUAACCUCACAAAUAGAAUUGAUUUCACCAUAUCGAGCUAUGGGGCGCGGUAGACCGAAACGUGAAAAUCCUUCCAACGGAGACGCGCCAGCAGCUAAAGUGGCUCGAUCCAGCACCACUAAAUUUGAACUUCCCCUGCCUGUUCUACCCAAGCCAUGCGGAAAUGUUCUUUCUUGUGGUCAGGGUGAAGUUGGACAGCUUGGUCUGGGGGAAGAUGUAAUGGAAAAGACACGACCGGCCAUGAUCGACAGGCUGAAGGACAUCGUUGACAUAUCAGCUGGUGGAAUGCACAACCUAUGCCUCACCCGGCGGGGGGAGGUGUUUUCCUUCGGAUGCAACGACGAAGGUGCCCUGGGCAGAGAGACGGCCGACGAAGAGGGUUCGGAAUUUUUACCGCGUAAAAUUGCACUCCCGUCGGAGUGUCUGAAGAUAUCAGCCGGAGAUUCACAUUCCGCAUGUCUGCUCAACGAUGGACGCGUCUACGCUUGGGGCUCGUUUCGGGAUUCACACGGAAACAUGGGUCUGACGUUGGAAGGAAACAAGCGUCUACCAGUUGAGGUGGUUCGUGGCCUCAAGUCAGUUGACAUUGCAUCCGGUGGGGACCACUUGGUGAUUCUGAGCGAAAACGGUUACGUCUAUACGGUCGGUUGCGCUGAACAGGGUCAGCUUGGACGAAUUUCUACACGUGCCGCAUCUGGUGAAUCUCGACGAGGUAAAACUGACCUUCUACAGCCCGGUGUUGUUACAUUGAGGGGAAAGAAAAUUCUAGCAGAUGCCAUCUGGGCCUCGACCUACUGCACCUUCUGCCGAGAUCGCAAUACCGCCAAAAUAUAUGCCUUCGGUUUGAAUAAUUACUGUCAGCUAGGCAUUCCGAAUCCCAGCGAAAAUGUCGUUAAACCGGUAUUUGUACCGGAGCAGACGAGUUUCACAGAUGUGAAAACAAUCGCCGGAGGACAACAUCACACGUUGAUUUUAAAGAACGACAACAAAGUGCACGUGAUUGGCCGUAAGGAGUACGGUCGACUAGGACUAGGCAAUGUUUCGGAAGAUGCCAAAACGGUGACCGCAGUUGGUACCUUAGCUGAUAAGAAUGUGGUUGAGAUUUGCUGCGGAGAAAGCACAUCGUUCGCUGUGACCGAUAAGGGAGAAGUAUUUGCAUGGGGCAUGGGCUCGAAUCAGCAGUUGGGAACCGGAAGCGAGGACGAUGAAAUAACACCGGUACAAAUCAGCAGCAAACAGGUACAAGGCAAACGGAUUCUCAAGGUUUCCAGUGGUGGCCAGCACAGUUUGUUCCUGGUUGAAGAGAAGCCAACCAAGGAUCCAACGCCCGUGCCGGAAGCUCAGCCCACAGAACAACCGGAGGAAGAGAAAUCUAAAACCAAUGGUGAUACCGAUAAAGCCUCGACUUCGACCACGAAGGACGACGGUGUGAACGGUGGUUCUAAGAGCCAAGAGGAAGAUGAGAAAGAAUCGACAAGUGGUGAGACUGAUGAAGUUGCGAAGAAGCCAGCCGGGCGGGGACGCAAGCGAAAGCUGUGAAUGCAGAAGAAGAGGAAUCGCUUCUUCAAAUAGUUAGACCUGUUCAGUACUAGGGAUUUUUUAGGUUAGUUAGAGAAAGGAACAAUACUUCUAGAAACUAAGUGUUUAGUUUUGUAAACAAUCAUUUUAUCAUUUCAUGGUAAUCGUCUUAUUAGACGAUGUUCUUUC